AUGAAUGAAGAAGCAGGUGUCGAGGAUUCUUCAUACUUAAGUUAUGAAAUAAAUGGCACUAGAUACAUUUUCCAAACUAUAUCAGAUUCACCUCUACAUGUAACGAAAAGUGCAACAACAAAUCAAGAACAGAAUGCAGUUAAUAUUAUAGACGAACCACAAGUUGAGAAAGAGGAUGAAUCAAUCUCUUUGGUUUGCUUAGAUGGUCAAGUUUAUGCAUUUCAAAAUGGAGAAUUGCAAGAAUUAGAUCUUAACCAGGUGAUAAAUCAGAAUGAAUCACAAGAAAAAGCAGUGUUACUCUCUAAAGAAGAUGAUAAUUGCGAGUUGCAAUAUAUCACGAAUGAGGAAUUAGUAAUUGGAAACAUCGAUGAACAUUCUCAGGGGGAAUACGAAAUUGUUUCUGGCCAAAAUGAAAAAAAUUUUAUCGUGGAGAAGAAUAAUGUGAAUGCUAACGAUUUUGUGGAAGUUGUAACAGCGUUCAAGUGUAAAAUAUGUACUUACACUACACAAGAUAAAACUCAGUUGUUGCAGCACUUUCAGAAAAUGCAUGUGAAUCCAAAAAUGGAUAUAGAAAUAAAAGAGGAAUGUAAGACUGUAGAUGAAGUAAAACUAUUGUACAUGUGUGGAGAAUGUUCUAAUUGUUUUCCUUCUAUAGAAGAUUGUAAAGAACAUAUGAUAAAUGAUCAUCAAUUAACAGAUACAGGAGCUAAUAAAGGUGGCAAAGAGAAUAUAACUGAUGAUUCAAAAGAUUCUGGGUUGCUGGAGUGCAUAGGACAGAAUGUUGAAAGUACUGAUAUCAAACGUCAAGUUAAGAUUCAAAAACCUAUUAAUUCUGAAUAUAUGCUCAAUAAAAAAAUGAUCGAAUUAAUGGAAAGAAACAUAAAGUGUUCAUAUAGAGGAUGUCCCUAUAAAUUUUCAUCCGACGAGACGAUGCAGCAGCAUGCACUUUGUCACACGGACUCACAGAAUGGGACAGCAUUUAAGUGUAGCGUUUGCCGUGACAUGAAAUUUACUAAAUGGAGGCAGUGCAGCUUACACUUAUGGAAAAAACAUCAAAUUGACAUAGGUUUAUUUACUUGUAAAAUAUGUAAGGCGUAUAAGAGUGCAACAAUGGUGAAGUUGUUGACUCACAUGCGAGUGCACAGUGAGACGCGAGAAUACGAAUGCCCGGAAUGCGGCAAAUGUUUCAAACAAGCAAGUCAACUGCGCAAUCAUAGAGUUAUGCAUUUGGAUCGUAAAACGUUGGAAGUAACGCGAUGGUACACUUCAAAGAAAUGUGAUAUGUGCGGGAAGACGUAUGCGAACUCCAAAUGUUUGAAGAGUCACAUUCAAGCGGUGCAUUCGAAAUUGCGUCCGUACGUUUGUAAUGUCUGCGGACAUUCUAGCGCCAGAAAAGCAAUGUUGCAGAUGCAUUUACGGCAGCAUACCGGUGAUAAACCUUUUAGCUGCGAACUCUGUGAAUACAAAACCGGAGAUCAUAAUACAUUGCGACGUCAUAUCAUGCAGCAUACAGGAUUUAGGCCUUACAAAUGUCCUCAUUGUCCUUAUACCGCGAUACAAAGUAGUAGUUACAAAAAUCAUCUAAAAUCUAGACAUCCAUUGCUGUCUGGUUUAUUUACAUGUGAUCUGUGUCCGUUCAAGACAGUUAAAAAUGAAAGUUACAUACAACAUGUAAGAGACCAUGAAAAGGGUUUGAUUAAAACGAACUUGCAAAAAAAGGAUAGUGAAAAUGUCGAAGUUUUUCCGGGAAACAUAGCAGCGGCACAAUUGAUUUAUAGUUGUUUGGGCGCGUUCUCGAAAGUGGGAGAUACAUUAGAAGCGAAUUUAAUGUCUUCCUCAACAUCUGCGGAUGGUACAUCACAAACAAUUACUAUACAAAUACCAUCGAAACAUCUUGAGGGUUCACUGCCAACGAGAGAAGAAAGUGGAACGAAAAACAAUUCAACGAUCGAACAAGAAGAUGAUGAAACUAUGCAUUGCUUUUUAAAGAUUCCAAGAGAGGAAGAAGAAAGCAUAGACACUGGGGGUAUAACCAUACCUGCGGAACCCGAAGAAUCGAAUGCAACAAUUAGCGUUGAUACGUGAAAACUUGGAAGAUUCAGUUAUUGAAAAAAAUAUUUCUGUACAUUAAAGGAAACAAAAACAUACAAUCAGAGAGAAAUUUAUACAUACUUUAAAGGCGAAUGAAAAAAAAAUGCUAGUCACACGUUACUUAGAGGAUAUGAAUCAAUUUUUUUUUACAAAAAAAUGUAGGAUUAACAUUUUAACUCUUUCCAAUCAUAAUUGUGAUAUUAUUUUGGGGAUUGUCGAUUUGCCAAUUGUAGAUUUUGGAUAAAUUUAACUAUUCAAAUGUUAUAUUUGGAAAAUUUUUUAUAUUGUUUUAAAGGAAGUGUAUGUAGAUUAUUCAAUGAAUUGAUUGCAUUGACGAUUCUAUGUUCACACUUGUUCAAAAGAGCUUUAUCUCGUCCUAAAAUAAGAUUUUAUAGUUGAAGGAAAGGAGCUUCGAGAUUUUUUAUUUUAACUUUUCUUAUGGAAGUAAUUUACGCUAAGACAGAUUUAAGAUUUUUUUAAUGUAUUUAUUUAUAAUUGAUAGGAAAUUAGUAGAAGUGUACAUAAAAAUUGUAAAAUAAUAAUCUGGAAACCGUUGUAAAAUAUAGAUUGCAAUGUCUCGUA